UCCUAUUUCUAUGGCCUUUGGGCCUCUCCGCUCCUUCUCCCUCCUCUCCCGUCACCUGCGAUCCCUCGCUCCCCUUCUCAGCUUCUCGUCCCCACCCGGCGCCCACCCACUUCGCCUCUUCCACCCCUUCGUCGCAAGCCCCGGGAGCUUCCCAGGCCGCCUCCGCCCCUCCGCAGCCGGAGCCCUGGCGCAGAAGAUCGGAAAGGCCGUCCGCAGCCCCGGCGCCCCCUCCCGGGCUCGGGUCUACGCUGAUAUCAACGUCCACCGCCCCAAGGAUUACUGGGACUACGAAUCUCUCACCGUCCAGUGGGGGGAACAAGAUGAUUAUGAGGUUGUUCGGAAGGUCGGAAGGGGAAAGUACAGCGAGGUUUUCGAGGGAGUGCGUGCCACGGACAAGGAGAAGUGCAUUAUUAAGAUUCUAAAGCCAGUAAAGAAGAAGAAGAUCAAGAGAGAAAUAAAGAUAUUGCAAAACCUUUGUGGCGGAUCCAACAUCGUCAAAUUACUUGAUAUCGUCAGAGAUCAGCAAUCGAAGACACCUAGUCUAAUUUUUGAAUACGUCAACAAUACCGACUUUAAAGUUCUCUAUCCAACUUUGUCAGACUACGACAUUCGAUACUACAUAUAUGAACUAUUAAAGGCACUAGAUUAUUGCCACUCUCAAGGCAUCAUGCAUCGAGAUGUAAAACCUCACAAUGUUAUGAUAGAUCACCAACAGCGCAAGCUUCGUCUUAUUGACUGGGGCCUGGCAGAGUUUUAUCAUCCAGAAAAAGAGUACAACGUUAGAGUUGCCUCAAGGUACUUUAAAGGCCCAGAGCUCCUAGUUGACUUGCAAGAUUAUGAUUAUUCACUGGAUAUGUGGAGCCUUGGUUGUAUGUUUGCUGGGAUGAUAUUUCGGAAGGAGCCAUUUUUUUAUGGACAUGAUAAUUAUGAUCAAUUGGUCAAGAUAGCAAAGGUACUUGGUACAGAUGAGUUGAAUGCUUGUCUAAAAAAAUAUCAACUAGAACUCGACCCGCAACUUGAAGCUCUCGUUGGAAGGCAUAGCAGGAAACCAUGGACAAGGUUUAUAAACGCCGAUAACCAGCAUGUGGCAGUUCCCGAGGCUGUUGACUUUGUGGACAAGCUGCUUCGGUAUGAUCACCAGGAGAGGCCAACAGCGAAAGAAGCGAUGGCUCAUCCUUAUUUUAAUCCAGUGAGAAGUCCAGAAAGCAGCAGAACUCAUGCUUAGAAAUCCAAGUGAUGAAUCCCAGCUCUGGUUUCUGUUUCUUUGCUUGCUGCAUAUAUUUUUGUCAUGCGUUUAUCUGUGUUGGAUUACUGUUUAAUUACGAAAGUGUUGCAACAAUUAAGCUUGAGAUUUUGGCCA